GCGCUCGAAAAACGCUUUGUAAAAGCAAUCACCGAACAAUUUCCACGUAAUGACCGCUAUCGCGCAAUAUCGGGGUCAAAUGGAGUAUUUACAACCACCGCAGAACUCUCAGGUAAGCAGGGCAAGUGUUCCUUUUGUAUCGCAUUGUGAUUUGGAACGGCACUCUCAUCUUCUCAAACUCACACCCCCUUUCUUGUGCCCGCCCACCAAACGCUUUUAAUCGACAGGAAAUCCAACCCUCUCCUCUGGCAUUGCUAGCUGCGACUUGUAGCAAGAUCGGACAAGGUUUUGAUGCGCCGAAUACCGUCCAACAGCCGCCGAUCAGCCAACUUGCAACCCAGCAAGAAUACCCGACCUCGUGGGUCUCCGAACAUGCGGUCUCACAUGCGAAUGAAAGUGUAUAUCAUACCAAUUCGCCGAACGUUUUACAAGCACAAAAUCACUCCGCUACGAGUUUAUAUACCUCCCUAGGCCAGGUGGAAAAUGGGCAGAUGUAUUAUACUGCCGUUACAACCAGUCCUACGGGACAAAACGCGUGCUCACUGCCGCAACAAACGAUUGUAACAAACAGCGAAGCCAGUGUGAACCUCGUCUACGCUCCCGAGUAUGAUCUGACAAAAGCAGUUGAUUCUGGUCCGUGGAGCUUAAAAUCGGACACCGAAGAGAGCAAUGGGACCAUUGGAACACAGUGGUGGCAAGGAAAACCUUUAUCUUGGGCGAAAAACUCAAGCAGUCCUUCGCAUCAGUAUGUUGUGUCCUCGCCAACGUACACAGGAAAUAACGACGUAGGUAUUUCCAUAAUGGCAACCCAACAACAAACAGAACCUUCGGAGAAUGCGACGCAAAACCCAGCGUAUGUCCAAGUAACAAGAACUCCUCAAGGGCAAAUUAUACUAACACAAGAGAGUACAGAACCGAACAAAUGGCUUUCUGCUGGAACUGUUAAUGUGAUCGCGGCACCUUCAGACGCAACAAACGGAAACGCUGCUAUUCAAGUGCAAGUUCAACCUGCAGAAGCCUCACAUGAAACGGACAAUGUAAACAUAGCUGCUACUAGUGCCGCCGCCGCCGCCUCUGUGAAUGUCAGUCCUGGAGGUAAUAAUCGCAGGUUACGCCGUGUUGCUUGUACCUGUCCGAAUUGUAGAGAAGGCGAAGGAAGGACUGCUGAUGGCCGAAAGCAGCACAUUUGUCAUGUACCAGGCUGUGGAAAGGUUUACGGGAAAACAUCGCAUUUGCGUGCUCACCUUCGUUGGCAUACUGGCGAGCGACCGUUCGUUUGCAACUGGCUGUUUUGCGGGAAAAGAUUCACUCGAUCUGACGAAUUGCAGCGUCAUCGCAGGACUCACACCGGAGAAAAAAGAUUUGCGUGUAAAGAUUGUGGCAAGAGGUUUAUGAGGAGCGAUCAUUUGUCAAAGCAUGUGAGAACACAUUCGAAUGGCAAGACCAUGAAAGCCAGUUCAAUGCAAGUUAUGGAACCCAUUCCAAUUCAGCCGAUUCCACAACCAGAACUACAACAAGUGCAAAACAUUCGACCAAUUUUAGAAGGGGAAACAGGCAAUCUAAAAGGUGCUGAAGGAGAGCAAGCAGCCGUUGUUGGAGUAGAUAUACCUGGUGUAGCGGUCGCUGUUGAUCAAAAUCAGCUGAGUGAAAGUGAAUAUUUUACAGGCGAAGCGACUGAACAGUACCUCAACGAUAUGAGUGUUGCUCACGAAUUUGUUGCCGUUCGAAUGGAUGGAUCUCAAGGAACAGCCAUUUUAGUAACGCAAAAUAUAAACAUGGCGUAAGGCGUUAAGCUACAAGUAGAUUGAAGAAAAUGGACGAAUAAAUCUAGGUUUUGUAUAACAUUCUAUUCUGCCUAUCUGUUGAAAGCCAAACAGUUGCUCGUUUUCGUCUCCAGCUUUUAAAAGCAAAUUUGAAAAUAGGUUUUGUUAAAUAUUAUAGUUUUUCCAAAAUGAAGGGUGUAAAUUUCAAUGGUUUUUAAAAUGUACGUUGUUGAUUUCAGAGUGAGCUUGGUUCGCCGAUAUGCUAAUUUAUGGCCAUCUGUGUGACAUGUGGUUAAAGGAAUUGGAACCAAGCCAAUUCAAAGCUUCAAAUUGUAUGUAAAAACGGUACAAACAAAAAAAUCAUGGUUCAGGGUUAAGUCUUUUACACAAAUGUUGUAUCAUGUAUUUUGUUAUGCUAUUUUCUCUCCCUGAGACAGUAAUUGAAAAUAUUGAAUCAUUGACAAAAAAAGGAGAAAACAUGUCAAUUUUUGUGCGUGGUUUAUUAUAUUCCUCCAUCCUCUGUAGAGUUUGUGUUUAAAUUAUUUAUUUUUUCAGUUGCAUCUAUUUUUUGUCCCAUACUUCAAAUUAAGAGAAUUUUUAGAAUACUUUUUAAAAGUUAACAAUUUUUAUAUUGCUUAUAAGUAAAGUUUAUCAGCAGUUUUUAAGUACAGGGGUAGAAGUACACGUUCAAGCUUAAAAGUAAUUAACAAAAGAAUAUUUACCACACCUGGUCAAAUGUCAUGGAAAUAGUUUGUGUAUUAAGUUCUAAAAUUUACACUGACAAUAAGACUGUCAGUCCUAGACUGACAUUAAGUAAGUUUACUUAUCUCAUGAAAUAGAUAGCAGACCACCACAUAGUGUUACACUCUAAUUUUAUUGUUUUGUUUUCUUGCAACUGUUUUACAAUAAUAGAAUUGUUAGGUACUGUUUCAAUGGUACUGUUUAAUACAAGGGUUAAGUAUUGGAGUGAAAAAAUUGCAUUGCUUUUUUUGUACACAUUUGAAUUAUAUAUACAUAUUGGGCAUCAGAAGUCCUUUCUAUUUAUAGGAAGCUAUUCUCCUUUGAAUUGCAUUUGAACUUAAGUCUCUUUUAAAAAGCAAUUUUUACAUAAUCUAGGUGAGUACACAUUUGAAUUUUUGAUAUACAAAAAAAAAAUAUAUGGAUGAAUGGAUCAAGUCCUUUUUCAUAGUAUAAUGACUAUUAUUAUUUGGUCAUGAUGCGUUAAAAAUACAGAUGAUGGCAAAAAUAAAAAUCAACAGUAAUUUAUUGAAGUUUAGUUUAGUUAACUGAGGUACAUGUAGUAAGGUUAUUGGCCUGCACUGUAAGCUGGUGUUUGGAGUACCUAUAGAGGUACUUUUAACUUAGUUCAUUAAUGGAACCAAGAUUGAAUGAACUA